AUAGUCAACUAAAAAAAUACUAAUUGCAUAAAAAUUUCUUGGUAUUUCCGAAAAAACUUUGAUACUGAUAAAAACUAGAAUCGAACAAAAGCUGCAUUCUUCUUUUAUCAAUUACAAGUCAUUUUUUAGGAUUUUUAAUUUAGUCAUUCAUUUUUUACUUGGGCGUUUUUGGAAAAUCAUUAUCGGCCUGUAUUUCCUGUCGUUAUAAAAACCAAUAUAUAUAUCUAGCAUAGAGUCGUUAAAAUCGCCUUAGUCAAAAACCAAAGAACAGAGAUAUCAAUAUCAUUAGUGAUAGAACUACGUGCCAGUCAACAUCCAUCAUGUCCAAAUUUUUGGUACCUUUGUUAAUGCUAUUCGUAACUGCCUGCCUGUUCCUUCCUACCGAAUCAGCACCAAACAAGAAAUUAAAAAUGAAGGACCUUUAUCCCUACGGAAUGGGAAUGGGAUAUGGACCUGGAAUGGGAAUGGGAUACGGACCUGGAAUGGGAAUGGGAUACGGACCUGGAAUGGGCGGAUAUGUACCUGGAAUGGUCGGAUAUGGACCUGGAAUGGUCGGAUAUGGACCUGGAAUGGGAGGAUAUGGACCUGGAAUGGGAGGAUAUGGAACUGGAAUGGGUGCGCCCGGAUAUGGAUAUAACUCCAUGUAUCGUGAGAAGGUUUAGAUCUAUUUCUUUAUCGACGAAGUUGUUGAAUAAAAUAAUUUUUAGUAAA